UCUUAUCUUGCAUUUCAUUUUUUUAAUUAAUUAUCUCGAACCCCAUCUCAGCCCUUAUUUGAUACAAUAUAUGUAUGGAAGUUCCAAGGUUUAAGUCUCCACAAUCGAGACGAAGCCGAGCUCGGUGCCACGCCUUCACCGACUGAAGGGAACUCACCCUGCUUGCCCUGCCGCCGUCUGCGGUGGGUUCCAAAUUGCUGGGUCGGUACGUUCCUAUUCUUGGGGCCCCGACUGUACCAUCACUUCGCUUCUGGUAAGGACCGGUCGAUUCUCAUUGACGGUCUCGACGCCUCCAUCUGCAGCUAAGCGGGGAUCUCCCUUCUUAUAGCCAAUAGACCGCCGUCUCGAUAUUGGUGGCCACCCUUGGCGGGGCUUUUCUCCGUUGCGCUGGAACCCAUCGUGAUCACUGAUCACCACACACACACACUAGAGAUCCCUUCCAGUCCUCCCCCCUCUCAGAACUAGAAUAUAGAAAAAACAGAGGCAAAAAGAGACAGGCCGUUUAAUGUUUCUUCGCCGCUACCACACUGUAACCCUCGUCCCAAGGUAUUCGGGUCAAUGACGGAACCAUCAGGAUCGCGCGGAGGCCCUUCAGGCAUGCUCUCCGCCGAUUCCAUAUCAAUGUCCGAAGACGUCCGCGACUACGUCUUCGAGAACUCACGCCGCUAUCACAAGUACAGUGAGGGGCGCUAUCACUUUCCUAACGACGAUGCCGAGCAGGAGCGUGAGGACAUGCAGCAUGCUAUGGUCAUACUCCUGUGCGACGGCAAGCUGCACUUUGCGCCUCUCGACGACCCGAAGUCAGUCCUCGAUCUUGGCACGGGAACGGGCAUCUGGGCGAUAGACAUGGGUGACCAGUAUCCCGCUGCAGAAAUACUAGGCGUAGAUCUCAGCCCGAUACAACCCCUAUGGGUGCCCCAGAACGUGCAAUUCCUCGUCGACAACGUAGAGGAAGAGUGGGUUCAGGCGCCAAACUCGGUAGAUUACAUCCACGCGCGCCAGAUGGCACCGUCGAUACGGGACUGGCCCAGGAUCAUCUCAGAAGCGUACAAGGCAUUGAAACCGGGAGGAUGGCUUGAGAUCCAAGAUUUGAAAUGCGUCGCCGGGUGCGACGAUGGCACGAUGAAGGACGACGACGCCCUAGCCGCGUAUGCGGAUACGCUCGCAGAUGCGCUGCGCAGGCUCGACAUCGACUGCAUCGAGUCCGUGGAGAACUACGCGCGGUGGCUGCGAGACGCGGGCUUCAUGAACGUCAAGGAGGUCAAGAUGAAAGCCCCGCUCGGGACGUGGCCGACGGAUCCGCAUCAGAAGAAGAUCGGGUUGUACAACAGGAAUAUGAUAUACGACGGCCUCCACGGCUUCACCAUUAGGCCUUUCACUCACGGUCUCGGCUGGACUCCCGAGCAGGUCGAGGUCUACCUCAUCGAUGUCCGGAAGGCGAUACUUAAGUCCGAGGCGCAUAUUUACCUCCCAUACCAAUGCGUUUACGCGCAGAAGCCUCUAAGAGCGCGGUCGCUCUAGACUUGACGAUCGAGGUUAUUGCUUUUGCAUAUUCGCACAUAACGCAUAUAGAAUGGUGGUGGUGGUGGGGGGCGUACGAUACACACACACACACACACAACACAUACCUGCAUGAAUUUUUCAUGAGUCCGUUUGGCGUCUAGCGGAUUCGGGCGUAAAACAUAUAUAGGAUCGGUUUCUCCUCAUUUGAUACCAGCGGUCGACGCGUUCUAGAAAAAGGGGUGAAGGGGGGUCGAGGGCGAAAGCGAUAGAGAUCCGUGGCAUGUUUUUUUGCGUUUACAUACAUACAAGGUACCUGGUAUAUACAUACCGGACCGGACUGGCGUUUCUGUUGUUGUUGUUGUUGCUUGGUAUAUAUUGCCGCACUUGCCAUCCCCAUAUUAGUGGGCGUCAGCGGCGUUGGUUACGGGCAUGCUAGGGCUGUCUUUAUCUACACGGCGGCUUGGGUGGGGGCGGAACUGCAUUGCGGCGUCGCCCUUUUUACGAAGCGAUGGUGUAUAUAGGGGGUUUGGUAUGGGGGCCUCUAGACGCUAGGUAUAUACUUAGCAUGGCUAUCACGAAAUUUAGAAAUUGAAUUGAAUUGACCUAA